UCUGAUGGAGGUCUGAUGGAGGUCUCUGAUGGAGGUCUGAUGGAGGUCUGACGGAGGUCUCUGAUGGAGGUCUGACGGAGGUCUGAUGGAGGUCUCUGAUGGAGGUCUGAUGGAGGUCUAACAGAGGUCUCUGAUGGAGGUCUCUGAUGGAGGUCUGAUGGAGGUCUAACAGAGGUCUCUGAUGGAGGUCUCUGAUGGAGGUCUCUGAUGGAGGUCUGAUGGAGGUCUAACAGAGGUCUCUGAUGGAGGUCUCUGAGGGAGGUCUGAUGGAGGUCUCUGAGGGAGGUCUGACGGAGGUCUGAUGGAGCUCUGACGGAGCUCUGAUGGAGGUCUGACGGAGGUCUCUGAUGGAGGUCUGAUGGAGGUCUCUGAGGGACGUCUGACGGAGGUCUGAUGGAGGUCUCUGAUGGAGGUCUCUGAGGGAGGUCUCUGAUGGAGGUCUGAUGGAGGUCUCUAAAGGAGGUCUAACAGAGGUCUCUGAUGGAGGUCUGAUGAGGUCUCUGAUGGAGGUCUGAUGGAGGUCUGAUGGAGGUCUCUGAGGGAGGUCUGAUGGAGGUCUGACGGAGGUCUCUGAUGGAGGUCUGAUGGAGGUCUCUGAUGGAGGUCUGAUGGAGGUCCGGGUGUCUGGUUAAACCUCUUUGUGGUCGUUGAACAGACCGCUCUCCCCGGGCCCUGGGGGUCUGAAGGGCCCCGGGCGGGACUCCUCCGCCCUCCUCCGCCCUCCUCCCUCUCUGUUGGUGGAGGCGGACUCGGUCAGGCUGGUUGUGCCUCACACACACACACACACACACACACACACACAGGACGGGUCUCCAUGUCGUCGGUGUCGGUGUCGGUGUCCUCUCAGGUAAGGCCGCGGAGCAUCACGGGAGAUUUAACGUAAACUUUACGUUAAACGUUCGGUUCGGCGUUGGUCGGUUUGGGCAGACACGAACCGACUUUUUUAACUAAACCGGAACUUUUGCUUCCGAGCCCCGCCGCCUCCCGCCGCAGCAGGAGCUCGGAUCCCGGGAUGAGAGUCAGAGAACACCGCGAGGAGGACUCGAACAAAAGGUCAUAAAGAGAAAAGCCGUAAAACCACAGAGCCGAUGAGCAAGGAGGGGCGGAGCUUCUCCAGGGUGUCUGUGAGCCGCUCCCCAGCGUCCCCGAUGUCUGCUCAGGGCAUCCCGUCACCGGCCCAUCUCACCAAGGCCAACGCCCCGGUCCACAUUGACGUGGGCGGAACCAUGUACACCAGCAGCCUAGCCACGCUCACCAAGUACCCCGAGUCCAGGAUCGGCCGUCUGUUCAGCGGCACCGAGCCGAUCGUGCUGGACAGCCUGAAGCAGCAUUACUUCAUCGACAGAGACGGAGACAUCUUCAGGUACAUCCUCAACUUCCUGCGCACCUGCAGGCUGCUGCUGCCCGACGACUUCCAGCUCUCUAACCCCGCCCCUCCCCUUCAGGACUUCCCCCGGCUGUACGAGGAGGCUCGGUUCUACCAGCUGACCCCAAUGGUUCGGGAGUUGGAGUGCUGGCAGGCGGAGCGCGAGGCCCAGCGGGCGGCGCCCUGCGAGUGUGUGGUGGUCCGAGUCACACCCGACCUGGGCGAGCGGAUCGCGCUGAGCGGGGAGAAGGUUCUGAUCGAGGAGGUGUUCCCCGAGACCGGAGACGUCAUGUGCAACUCUGUGAACACGGGCUGGAACCAGGACCCGACCCACGUGAUCCGCUUCCCGCUCAACGGGUACUGCAGACUGAACUCUGUGCAGGUUCUGGAUCGUCUCUUCCAGCGUGGUUUUGUCAUCAGAGCGUCGUGCGGUGGCGGCGUGGACUUGUCUCAGUUCAGUGAGUACGUUCUGUGUCGUGACCUCGGGCUCAGUCAGUCCGUCAGCACCGCCAUCCGGAUCAAACAGGAACCUCUGGACUGAGACCAGAACCAGAACUCUGACCGCUGAUGAUGAUGAUGUAAAUAUUUGUAUGAUUCUGAUGUUUGAUCCUGUGGUUGAAUAAUUUAAUGUUUUCAUAAAUCCAAUGUUUCUUCAGCGUUUGUCGAGCGUUUUUUUAAUGUUUGUUGAGCGUUUCUUUAAUGUUUGUCGAGCGUUUCUUUAACGUUUGCUGCUGAUAAAAACAAACAUGCUGAUUUUCAUGAUUUUCUUUAUUCAGUUUUUUUUGCAAACGUACAAACAGUCUGUAAAAUCAUCAGAGUUCAUUCAGAGUACCAAAUAUAAAUAUGACAACAUCCUUCAACAGAGAGGCGGGCCAGGCCGAGCCGGGCCGGGCCGGGCCUGUACUAUACAUACAUAUAUAAACACAUUUAAACAUACAUGUUUAUAUAGUACAGGACACGGAGCAGGGGGGCGGAGCUUCAGGUGACGUUUACAAAAAAAAAAAAAACAUUUUUUAAAAAACUGAAAAUUUUAUUACAA